AUGGCUGUUGCUGUAAUUCUGGCCCAGCUCUCCCAGGGGCAGGUCUAUCGGAUCCAGGUGGCGCCCCAUGUCACGGUGCAGCAGGGCCUCUGCGUGCUGCUCCCCUGCCAUUUCACAGCCGAUUUCAAGUCCCCCGGGCCUGUCUACAAAUACUGGUUCCGCAGAGACGUAGACAAGGACCGCUGCGUGCCCGUGGCCAGCACCAACCCGGACAGGCCUCCACUGGCGUCCAGGGGUCGGAUCCGCCUGGCUGGGGAUGCUGAGAACGACUGCUCCCUGAUCAUCAGCGACGUGCGGGCUGAAGACCAGGAGCACUACUUCUUCCGCUUCGAGAAGGGAGAGAGCAAAUACAGCUACGUGGAGAACCAGACGCUGGUGAACAUCACAGAACUGAGGGACCAGCCAGUCCUGAGGGUCCCUGAGGUGCUGAAACCCGGGCAGCCAGUGAAUGUGACCUGCCAGGCUCCAGGCACCUGCUCUGGGACCCCUCCUCAAAUCACCUGGACAGGAGGGUUCGACUACUCGGCCAUGAACGUCUCAGAGCCCCAGGGGAACGGCAGCGUCUCCUACAGCUCCGUGCUCCACUUCACGCCCACCCUGGCGCACGAUGGCAAAGAGCUCGGCUGCACCGUCACGUACCCUGCGGUCGGGGUGUCCACCCGCCGAGCCCUCCGGCUCCACGUCGGCU